AUGACAUCUAAAGGCAAGGAUGCAACGGGGACAAAGCGCUCUAUCAGUGUAGGAGGCAAAAGCUUAUGGACAUUAACAAGCCCCACUGUGAGUGAGAAGGGGUCUGUGUUCCAGUCAGCCGCUAUAUGGCCACUGUCAAGUGAGAAGCAAGCCGUAAAGGCACUUGCUGCGUUGUGUCUGGAUUCUAGAUUCAGUGGCGCUACCUGUCGCAUGACCGGGUUUCGGAUAGUUGAACCGGGAAAGAAGGGGCGAAUCCAUAAAGCCUACAAUGACGACGGCGAAUUAAAUGGCGGCCAACGCCUCCUCGGUACCUUAACCAAAGAAAAAGUCACCAAUGCAGGGGUGAUAGUUGUUAGGUGGUACGGUGGGGUACACAUAGGGCAGGCUCGGUUUGCGCACAUAGCUGAGAGAACAAGAUAUAUUCUCAAUGCCAUCGGGCACAAGCCCGGGCAGGGGGCCCAGCAUAUCUGGGGAACCGGUAUUACGCAAUUUAUGGGACGCAAAGGUCCUGGAAAUAAAAAUGUAGGUAGAGAUGCAGAGCAGGGGAGAGCGACGUCCAAAGCAAGUGGACAAACACACAGCGGAACAGAGGGGAGGCACCACGAAUUGGAUUAUGCCGUGGAGCAAACAGCUUCAACCCCUACCAAAUCAAACGCCAUUUGUCGUAUUGAAGAGAGUCCUGCUGGAGGCGGAAGACAGGGGAGCGGAAUGAAGAGAAAAAGUAUAGAAGCAAGUGAAUCCAGAAGGUGUGACGCGCGGAGAGAAGCCGUGGCCGCAGCUGCUGAAAAAAGACUGAAAAUAAGCAAUCCUUCGCAAGCAUUCUCAAUUGGUGUUGACGCCGGAUCAAAAGCGGAGGCCGCAACAACAGCAGUCAUUCUGAUGGACUGAUUUUAGGGAGUAUGGUGUACUUAUUCAUGUAUGGCAUAUGAGCAGUGAUCAGACUUGAACAGGGUGCUCACUUUGCGCUCCUAAAACUUGUGUUGGAACUACUCGGCAAUUGGGAUAGAGUGGUUUACUAUAGAGGCACAGAUGGAUUUUUGAUAUCGAAUUCACUUAAUAUCCAAGAAAUGCGAUAUUUUUGUCGCAUAAUUAGCAAAGUCUGCUGAGAAUUGUACCUUUCAAAACACUUUAAGCACAUGGUGGUGAUUGUGGUAGACUUUUCAAUAUACCGUAAGAGUGAAGGCCUAACGCACUCAAGCCACAUAGCCGAGUACGAACUUAUA